UGGAGGAGCGCUAGUCGACGAAGGGGAAGCACGUGACGAAGGUGGAACGCUGGUCGUCGACAUUGCAGAAGAGAUAGACGUGGGUGAGUCGGAGUGGGAAGUUGGAAUGCUGGAAGUAGGCAGACUAGAAUAGAAACAGGCUCUAUGAGCGCACUGUUGCUGCCAACGACCGCGAUACAAGCACAGAAGGCGAGCUGUACUGCUUACACAGUGGACGUCGGGGACGGGGCCGACGAAGGCUCAGAAGACAUAGACAGCGACGAAGGGUCUAUCGAAGAUGACAAAGAAGAAGAAAUACGUGAAUAAGGAACAGAAGACUCUGCAGAAGAAGAGAAGAGCGUCGGCGAGGACGAUAUCAACGAACUCGAGGACAAUGCAGAAACAGUGACGGGCAAGGUGGAAGCUGGGGUGCUGGCCAUCGUCCGCGACGUUGAAGACGUGCCAU